UAAAAACAUAUUCAACUACUAAAAUGAAAAGGAUGCCACGUCGAUUGUUGAAGAGGAGCUGAAUAAACUUUCUUGAGCCGCCAUGAUUCUUUUUUGAAAAGAAAAAUGUACAUUCUAGAAAUUCUGCACCAUCUGUUUCCUGGACCAGAGGAGCCUAAUUUUUUGUUUGUGCGCCACCUGAGGACUUGCGGCGUGAUUUCUAGGGUUCCAAAUCUUAUUUUUGUUCCAGGCCGUGGUUAAUCGGUACAGUUCAUCGCGCGAUUGCUAUUUUUCACACAUACCAAGGUAGCAGAGAAGCCUCAUUUUUUGCCGGUGCGGCUCUCGAGGACUUGUGGCGUGAUUUCAAAGGUUCCAAAGCUUAUUUUUAUUUCAGACUGUGUUUAAUCGGAUAUGUCUGGGGAAGCGGGCUGUUCUAUCCAGCUUAUUGAUGGAAAAGGGCAAUUUAAUGACGCUGCCCUAAAUAAUUUAGUGAAGGCUGUGAAGCUAGCAGAACGUGGCCUUUCAUAUGCUGUUGUCUCUAUCAUGGGUCCUCAGAGCAGUGGAAAAAGUACUCUUCUGAAUCAUCUUUUCCAUACAAAUUUCAGGGAGAUGGAUGCUUUCAUGGGCAGGUCUCAAACAACUCAAGGUAUUUGGCUUUCACAGGCUGUUGGCAUUGAGCCUUGUACUCUAGUUAUGGACUUGGAGGGUACUGAUGGGAGAGAAAGAGGAGAGGAUGAUACGACAUUUGAGAAGCAGAGUUCACUUUUUGCUUUAGCAGUUUCAGACAUUGUGCUGAUAAAUAUGUGGUGUCAUGACAUUGGCCGUGAACAAGCAGCAAACAAGCCAUUAUUAAAAACAGUGUUCCAGGUCAUGAUGCGUUUGUUUAGUCCGCGAAGGACAACAUUACUUUUUGUCAUUCGGGAUAAGACGAAGACACCUUUAGAAGUUCUGGAGCCCAUUCUUCGAGAAGAUAUUCAGAAGAUUUGGAAUUCUGUCCCAAAACCACCAAAACACAGAGAGACACCACUUAGUGAGUUUUUCAAUGUUGAAGUUACAGCUUUGUCAAGUUAUGAAGAGAAAGAAGAACUUUUCAAAGAGCAGGUUGCAUUCCUCAGAGAACGCUUUUUCAACUCCAUUACACCUGGUGGACUUGCUGGUGACAGAAGAGCAGUUGUCCCUGCAUCUGGUUUUCCAUUCAGCAUACAGCAAAUUUGGAAAAUUAUCAAAGAAAAUAGGGACCUUGACUUGCCUGCUCAUAAGGUGAUGGUUGCAACUGUUCGAUGUGAAGAGAUUGCAAAAGAAAAAGUUGAUCAGUUGUCCAUUGAUGAGGGUUGGCGAGAGCUGGAGGAAUUAGUACAGUCUAGACCUGUUAAAGGGUUUGGGAGAAAAUUGAGCACUAUAUUGGACAAAUAUUUGUCAAGUUACGAUGCAGAAGUGCUUUAUUUUGAUGAGAGCGUAAGAACAGAAAAACGCCAGCAGUUGGUGACUAAGUCAUUAGAUCUUGUAUACCCUGCCUAUCAGGCCAUGUUAGGGCAUCUUCGUUCUGAUGCUUUCAAUAGAUUCAAAAAUGAACUUGAAGAGGGUGUACAAAAUGGUGAAGGCUUUGCAGCUGUUGUUCAGUGCUGUACAAAACGUUGUCUGGGACAGUUUGAUCAAGAAUGUGCAGAUGCAAAAGUUCAACAAGCAAAUUGGGAUUCCUCAAAAACUCGAUACAAACUCCAGCGUGAUAUUGAUUCUCAUGCAGCAUCUGUGCAAGCUGCUAAGUUGUCUGAGAUUAAAAAACAGUUCGAGAUGCGGCUUAAUGAAGACCUUGCUGAACCAGUGGCCUCUCUUCUCGAGGCUGCAGCACCGAACACUUGGCCAGAAAUAAGGAAACUUCUACAGAUUGUUACCGAAAGAGCAGCAUCAGAUUUUACAUCCGUGAUUGCUGGAUUUGAGAUUGAUGAUGUGACCUCUAGUAAGAUGGUUAAAGAUUUAAAAGAUUACGGAAGAAGCGUGGUGGAGAAGAAGGCCAGAGAAGAAGCUGGACAAGUUCUCAUUCUCAUGAAGGAGAGGUUUUCAUCUGUCUUCAGUCAUGAUGCUGAUUCGAUGCCAAGGGUCUGGACUGGGAAGGAAGAUAUUAGAGCUAUUACAAAAGAUGCUCGUUCUGCGUCUUUGAAGCUGCUUGCUGUUAUGGCAGCCAUACGAUUGGACGAGGAACCAGAUAUGAUUGAGGCAACUCUGUCUUCUACACUAACAGAAAGUGCUGAUGCAGUUGGUUCCAUUUUGGAGAGAAGCGUAUCUACUCCAAUGAAUGCACUUGCAUCAAGCACUUGGGAAGGGGUUCCACCUUCAAAUAUUUUGAUUACACCAGUUCAAUGCAAAUCACUCUGGAGACAAUUUAAAUCAGAUACAGAGUACACUGUUAGUCAAGCAUUGGCUGCUCAGGAAGCAAAGAAGAAGAGUUCUUCCUGGUUGCCGCCACCAUGGGCAAUUCUUGCUAUUUUUGUUUUGGGAUUUAAUGAGUUUAUGCUUCUCUUGAGGAAUCCACUCUAUAUUGGGGUGCUUUUUGUUCUUUACUUGUUAGGCAGAGCUUUGUGGGUGCAACUGGACAUUCCUGGAGAGUUCAAUCAUGGAAUUCUGCCUGGAAUUUUGUCACUAUCAACAAAAUUUCUUCCAACUGUCAUGAAUCUCUUGAGGAAACUGGCAGAUGAGGGUCACAAUCAUGAUGGUUCUAGACAAUCAAGCAAUAAUCCUGAUAAUUCAGAAAGCUCUGGAAAUGGCAAUUUGAAUCCGGUGCUCUCAAGAAAGUCUACAUUAGUUUCUUCACAUGCUAGUUCUUCUGAUGGUGGUCUUGAGUACUCAAGUUCUAUAAGGCGUAGAUCAAAUGAUGGUGUUGCAAUGCCUAUUUCUUGAUUCAUAGUUCUUUACACUGUACAGGACAUCACCCUGGGUUGAUUUGUCUCUUAGAGGCUUGUUUGCUAGAGUGUGGAAAUAUCUGCUUUGCACUCUGGUUUCUCUUAUGUUGUAGAGGAGGCAAAGCACAUGCAUUACCUAUACUCACAGUUAAACGAUAUCAUGGAUUGUCCUUUAAAGUUGUAAAUAUCCUUCUAUAAAUCACUGGAAAAAUUUAUUUGAAGGAAGAAAUGAAUAGAGCUCAGUUAUCAUUCCUAGAUUUUCACCCUUCAUUGUUGAGAUUGGUGAGUUUUGUAAUGAACAUGGGCAUAUAUCUGCAGAUGAUCUCACCUUGCGUCUCUUGGGCCUUUUUGGUUUGAGAUGACUUUUAUUUUACCAUUUAGAACAAUGUAAUUGCCCUUUUUCAGAGUGCUUGCAGAAGUAAAGUUCUAUUUGCAUUAGAGAAAGUUUUCCUUAGGGAUAUGAAUUGGAUAGACCUCAUGCCAAUGAGAUGAUUUAUGUUGUAAGGACAUCCAGAUUGAACUGAAGAGAGGAUGUUCAAGUGUCUAAUUUGAGUCAACUGGCCAUUUUUUUCCAAAAAAUUGAAAAUGUAUAAUAAUUAUUAAUUAGUCUCACUUUCAGUAAAUUGAAUCA